GCUCAAUGAAACUGUAGUUGUGCCAUCUGAUGUGUCUAUGAGAGAAACGCUAGAGGACACAAGGGGCACCGGCGUUUAUCACUGCAUUCGUCGUUCAGAACUAAUGUUAGAAAUCAUCGUUGUGUUGAUGUAACUGUGCUAGUGACAUAUAGAAUUUGUGAUGGAGGUGGAGGGCUGGGACUCCAGUCUGGAGGAAGAACUGGGCGUUUCUCUGGAUGACCUGAAGAAGUGGAUUGAAGAUGCCGUGGAGAAGAGCGAGCUCGUGCAGAAGAAAAAGGCACAGCUGACGGAGCUCAAAGAAUUGGUGGAGCAGAAAGAGGAGGAGGAGGCGAUGACGGAGAUGCUUCUCAACGAUGCCAACCAGUCCAUAUUGGAGUGUGAGAAGCUGGUGAAGGCAACCUACCAUAAGAAUGGUCUCGUUUACCGGGAGAGCAGCUCAGAGGAUGAGGGGGGCGGAGGAGGGGUGUUGUCCUCUGAGGUCAUUGAAAUAGACGAUGACGAUGAUGAUGAUGUCAUUGCUGUUGGCUGUUUGGUUCCUCCAAAGAAGCCUGUCCCUCCUGGCAAAGAUCCAGUGCUAAAAGAGGCCUCUGCAGCUCUACAGAAAACCUCUCAGCAGGUGCAGAAGUUGGUCCAUAUGGUUAACAAGCCUUCACCAGGUGCUCCAUUGCUUCGAUCUCCAGGACAGCCUCCAUCCCAGUCAGGUAUUCAAGGUACGGUGCCAGCAGUGUUUGUAUCACAGGUUCAAUCUCAGUCCCUGACCCAGCCAAACCCAAACGUGACAGAGGACGAGCUCAGGGUCGGGAUGAGCAUUCUGGGAAAGAAACGCACCAAGACUUGGCACAGAGGCACCCUCGUUGCUAUCAACCCUGUUGGAAAUGGUAUAUUCAAGUUUAAAGUGAAGUUUGAUAAAGGAAAGAGCCUGCUGUCUGGAAAUCAUGUGGCCUUUGACUAUAACCCUACCCUGGAGAGUCUUUAUGUUGGAGCCCGUGUAGUCGCCAAGUACAAGGACGGCAACCUGGUUUGGCUCUAUGCUGGAAUAGUAGCAGAGAUGCCCAACAACAAGAACCGCAUGAGGUUUCUGAUAUUCUUUGAUGAUGGCUAUGCCUCAUAUGUGACACUACCUGAGCUCUAUCCUGUUUGCCGACCAUUAAAGCGUACUUGGGAAGACAUAGAGGAUGCAUCGUGUCGAGACUUCAUCGAGGAGUACAUCACUGCCUAUCCCAGCAGGCCUAUGGUGCUCCUAAAGGUCGGCCAGAUAAUCAAGACAGAGUGGGAGGGAACUUGGUGGAAGAGCAAAGUGGAGGAGGUGGAUGGCAGCUUGGUCAAGAUCCUAUUCUUGGAUGAUAAGAGGAGUGAGUGGAUCUAUAGAGGCUCCACCAGGUUGGAGCCAAUGUUCAACCUGAAGAUGACCACAGCCAACACAGCGGAGAAGAAGCUGGCUGGCCAACAGAGGACACGACCUAACAUGGGGGCGUUGAGGAGUAAAGGCCCAGUGGUUCAAUACACCAGUGAUGGACAUGUUGGGGCCUCUCCCGUCAAAACGCCACAGGCCACACUGAGUCAGCCUUUACAGACACCACAACAUCAACAACAUCUACAGCGUCCACAACCCCCACAGCCCCAACAAACCCAACAAACCCCUCAGCCCGCUCAUCCUGCGCAGCCUCCACGUGUCGACAAUAAACAUCAAAUGGCAAAGAAGAGUACUUCUCCGUUUGUCCCUGGGGUUGGAGGCACACAUGCUUCAAAAGUCAUGCAGUCUCUUUCCUCCAGUCCCAGCAACCUGCCUGGUGGAAGAAUUUUGAAUGCCCCAAAUACUGCUACGCCCGCUUUCACACAAUCGUAUCAGAGACAGCUGCCAUCUCUGGCUCCCGCCAGCUCUCCUGUGAGCCACGCGAUGGCCACCAUCCCACAUCAGCCCUCUUAUCGUGCCCCGACAGACCGCAUCUUCUACAUGGCUCACGCGUGUCAGCCUGCCUGUCUGAAUCGUGUCCGACCCGCAAAACCUGACAUGCACAGAGGAAAGAACCCCCUCCUCACACCUUUACUGUACGAUUUCAGACGCAUGACGGGGCGACGCAAAGUCAACCGCAAGAUGUCCUUCCAUGUGAUUUACAAGGCUCCAUGUGGGCUUUGUCUGCGUAACAUGGCAGAGAUCCAGCACUACCUCUUCCAGACGCGCUGUGACUUUAUAUUCUUAGAGAUGUUCUGUCUAGACCCCUACGUGCUCGUGGACCGGCCCUUCCAGCCACAGAGGCCAUUCUAUUACAUUCCAGACAUCACUGGGGGAAAAGAGGACAUCCCACUUUCCUGCGUCAAUGAGAUUGAUUCCACCCCGCCUCCUGAAGUAGACUACAGUAAAGAGCGUAUUCCUGAAGAUGGGGUAUUCAUCAACACCAGUUCAGACUUCCUGGUUGGGUGUGAUUGCACUGACGGCUGUCGAGACAAGUCCAAAUGCUCCUGCCAUCAGCUGACCCUUCAGGCUACAGGUUGUACGCCGGGGGGACAGAUCAACCAAAACGCCGGAUAUUUGCACAAACGAUUAGAGGAGUGCCUGCCCACAGGGAUCUAUGAGUGUAAUAAGCGGUGCAAAUGUUCUAUUCAGAUGUGCACCAACCGGCUUGUUCAGCAUGGCCUACAGGUGCGGCUCCAGCUCUUUAAAACCCAGAACAAAGGCUGGGGCAUCCGCUGUCUUGACGAUGUGGCCAAGGGCUCUUUUGUCUGCAUCUAUGCUGGUAAAAUCUUGACAGACGACUUUGCAGACAAAGAGGGUCUAGAAAUGGGUGACGAGUAUUUUGCUAAUCUGGAUCAUAUAGAGAGUGUGGAGAACUUCAAGGAGGGCUAUGAGAGCGAGGCUCACUGUUCAGACAGCGAGGGAAGCGGUGUGGACGUUUCCAGGAUAAAAAUCCAGCCGUCUGCUUUAGUAUCAUCUCACCCUGUGGGCCGACCGUCCAAAAAGGCCCAAAGUCCAAGCUCAUCAGGCGACAGCAAUGACGAUGAUGACAAAGACUCUAAGAGUGAAGAUGAAAGCGAUAGUUCAGACGACACGUUUGUUAAGGACAACUACUACAGCUCCAGCUCUGUGUGGAGGAGUUACACCACACGCGGUCAGGUCAAGGGCAACAAGGAAGGGAGUCAAGACAGUAAGGAUGGAUUGAGUGCGUCAGCCAGGGGAACCGAUGACGAGAAGCCACCGUCCAUGCCAGAGGAGACAGGGAAGAGCAAAGUGGCUUCCUGGCUAACAAGCCAGGGACUGAAGAGGGAAUCUGGAGACAGCAAGAGUCAAGUGAAGUCAGAAAUGGGGAAGAGGCAGGAUGUGAUGACUCUCUCUGACAGUGAUGAUGUUCAGACCAUCAGCUCUGGAUCUGAUGACAACAAGGAGAGGGAAAAAAUCACGCCAGGUGUGACUAAGAAGCAGGUAGCAGUUAAAUCUACACGUGGCAUCGCCCUGAAGACCAGCCAUGGUCUGAUGGUAAAAACAGGUACAGCUGGAGGCGGGGGAGGGCUGGGGGGUCAGGGAGGUAAAACAGGGCAGCAGGGACAGACUGGAGGAGGCGGGGAAAACACUCCCAAAAACACCCGCCAGUUCUUUGAUGGUGAAGAGUCGUGCUACAUCAUUGAUGCCAAGUUGGAAGGAAACCUUGGCCGUUACCUCAAUCACAGCUGCAGUCCUAACCUUUUUGUCCAGAAUGUGUUUGUGGACACACAUGAUUUGCGAUUCCCCUGGGUGGCGUUCUUUGCCAGCAAGCGGAUCCGGGCCGGCACAGAGCUGACCUGGGACUACAACUAUGAGGUGGGCAGUGUGGAGGGUAAAGUGCUACUCUGCUGCUGCGGAUCCACCGAGUGCAGAGGAAGGCUGCUGUGAUCUAAAGCCCAUCAUGGACCUCACCCCCUCUGUUGCAUCUGUAGGAAACUUAGAAGAACCCCUUCAACACUGUAACAUUUUUUUUUUUUUAAGUUGAACUAUGAUUUUAUGACAGCUGUUUUUUUUUUUAUUCUUGUUGUUGUUUUGCCUUUAUUUUAUAUGAACGUGUGUCCAGAUUUAUCUCAUUUCAUCCAUGACGUUUGUUUACCCCUGAAUAAA